AUGGAGGAGGCAGCGAUUCGAGCGCUGGUGAAUUCGCUGUUGAUAUGCAGCGCGGCGUUCGAGGGUCUGCAGCCUAACGCAGCCGAACUCAAGGUGUUCGAGUUCAAGGAUGGCGGGAUUCAGCUGCAAACCUUCAAUUGGAACGAAUCAUUUGUGUCGUGAGUUGGGGUCUGUGUCAGUUUAGCACUUGUUAGGUUUGGGCGGAGGAUUUACAGCGUUUCUUGGUCCAUUUUAUACUGAACCGUUUCUUUCACUCAAGUGUAUUUUCCUUUUCUGUGCUUCGAAAGUAGACCUGGCUGCGGGGCCGGGCUGGGCCAGGCCGAGAAAGUAGAAGAAAAAAUUUCCCGCCCCUUUUUGGCGAUUCGUUCAAAACGAAAUGUCACUAUCCGAUAAAACGCAUUUUCUUAUCUUUCUUCUUCCUUUUCGGGAAAAAGCAAUUAUUUCGGGCGAAAAAGGGCCGGUAAUUUCGUGACAUUUCGUCUCUCUUUUAAAUCAAUGAAAACGAUACGAAGUUUCGAAACUCAGGAAAUGCGCUGGAUUGACGUGCGGGGUGACUGUAUGGAAAUUAGACGGGAGGAAAUUGGACGAGAGGGGUAAAUUGGACGGGCGGAAAUUGGACUGAUUUUGCCAAAAAUGGCGCUCUUUUUCUCUCUUUGUAUGAAUAAAAAGUCCGUCCAAUUUCCGCCAGUCUAAUUUACCCUCCCCGUCCAGCUUUCUCCCGUGAAGUUUACAUAAAGGCGCCGGGCCGCGAUUUUUGGCCCGGCCCGAGAGCCAUGUCUAUUCGAAAGCGAAAAAUUUCCGUUUUUUGUCCCAAAACAGUGUUUUCCUUUUUUUUCUUUUCGCAGGCUGCAAGGAAACUUUUUACGAGUGAAUUUGACGUUUUGAACUUUUUUCCAGCUACACAAAGCCCCGAAAAGGCGUAGAAGACUUGAUAGCUGGAUCAAACGAAAGCCACGUCAAUUUUUUUAAAUUAAUGUCUUUUCUGUUUCAGAGAGACGGUUAAGAUUGUGUUCAACGGCACAAUCGAGGGCGCCAACGUGCAGAUGGUGGUGAAUGGGGAGAAGAUUGAACUCGGUGGUCAAGUCUCAAGCAAAGAUAGCGACGGAAUAGUGUAAGUUGCACCUUCAAUUGAUAUGUAACGUAUUUUAGCAAGUGCCCGGUUGCCGGCGAUACAAACGAAAUCCGCGUUGUUACUCGAUCAACUUUGUGCGAUGCCGACUACUACGCGUACCGAGUCCAGGACAAGCUCUAUGGGCUUGCAAAUAAGGCUGAUAAGUUCUCCUUCAUUUUCGGUGUUGAUGGAUCCCUGAUCGAAAGGGUGGAAAUGCCCCUAGCGGUGGACGAUAAAUUGGGUGUGGAUCAAACCAGAGGCACCCUUGUGUACAAAGACGGCGAUGGGAAGUGUCAGGAACUCACCGCCGGUCCUCUGGAUCCGCCCUGGGAACCCAAGCCAUGUGGCGGCGAGAUGAUCACUCUGGUUGCCAAUGAAGCGUCCGCAUGGCAUCAUGUCGUAGGCUUCGAUAAAACAGUCAGUUUUCUCAUGUUCGAAUUUCAGCAGUACCUCGAGGUCAGGCACAACUGCCUGAACUCGACCAUUCCCGGCGACCAGCUCAAGAACGUGUAUGUGCGGUUCCUCUCAUACGGCGACGUGUAAGUGGAAUGUUCAUCGUUCGAUCGGCUUUUAGAGAAAGCACAACGGAAUUUGACCCGAACCUCCCUCUCUUCUCGGCCGUGGAGAAGGUGUACAUCGGAUUGGCGGUAGCGGGUGUUGUGCUCCUUGUGGCCAUUAGUUUCCUUAGCGGGCAUUACGCGGUAAGUUCGAGUUUUGUGGCGCUGUCUUCGACCGAUAGACCAAAAACCGAUAGGACAAACGAACGUUGUGCCAAUGACCGGUCGGAUUGGUCAUUUCCCGGCCAUUUCUAGCCUAAAGCCCGUCAUUGUUAUCUGUUCGAAAAAAUUUGCGUUUGUUUCAGGUGAAUCGGAAGAAAUACGCGGCCUGGUUUAGAAAGAGGCUAGGGAAAAAGAAGAUGAAGGAGGAGGAGACGACGGAUGAAGAGACGAAGCAGGAGAGGAAGAAGAUGGAGAAAAUGAGGGGGGAGAAGAAGAAGAAGAAGAAAAAGGAGGAGGAGACGAAGAAGGGCCCAGCCGACGAAGCCAAAUCCGCAAGCGAAGAGGUUCAAUUGUAG